GCAGAAGAAGGAAGAUGGCGAGAGGCGGCCGGAGCUUGCAAAGAGUAGCCGAGUGUCUCAGAGGGCUACCGACCACCGCCAGCCGGGAAGCACCGAGCAGGAGCAACGUCCGAUACCUGUCGUCAUGUGGGAUCCUCAUGACUCGAGUUCCUCCUCUGCUGAGCGGCGCCAUGUCGGGACGCACCGUCGCUCUACCGGCUCGCAGCUUCUUCAACCUGGCCGACUCCUUCUCCAAGAGGAAGGAGUACUCAGAGCGACGCAUCCUCGGGUAUUCCAUGCAUGAGAUCUACGACGUGGUGGCCGGCGUGGAAAACUACCGCCUCUUUGUUCCCUGGUGCAAGAAGUCUGACGUGGUGUUCAAGCGAUCCGGAUUCUGCAAGGCCAAGCUGACCGUGGGCUUUCCCCCCGUGGUGGAGAACUACACCUCCCUGGUCACGACAGUGCGCCCCCACCUGGUCAAGGCGUCCUGCUCAGACGGGAAGCUCUUCAACCACCUGGAGACGGUGUGGCGGUUCAGCCCUGGACUUCCUGGUUACCCUCGAACCUGCACCGUGGACUUUGCUAUCUCCUUCGAGUUCCGCUCCCUGCUCCACUCCCAGCUCGCUCACGUCUUCUUCGACGAGGUGGUGAAGCAGAUGGUGUCGGCGUUUGAACGUCGCGCCGCCAAGGUCUACGGAGCGGAGACGCCGAUCCCUCAAGAGCUGAUGUUCCACGAGGUUCACCACACGUAGCGACAGCAGACACGCCAGCAGACACGAUGCCAAAGACUGACGUGCUCUAACUGACAGCUGCCUUUCUCACAUCACCCAACUCCUCCUGCCGCAGAGCGUCGACCUGUCGGCGCUCACCGACUGAUCAGACUGUCUGAGGCUGACGAGAACCGGAGCUCUCAGACUCAUUUUAGCAGCAACAGGCUGAAACAGGCAAACACAGAGUUUAUUCACAGGGUUAGAACGUCUAGUUCUCUACUAGAAACUUAUCUCCAGCUAACAGACACAUGAAGAUGUUCAGUUUACGUCACAUUUGACCGAAGCAGCCAGUAAAUCCUCCUGGAACCACAGAAGGUUCAUUAUUGGUUUUAAAAAGUUACUGAACAUCCUAAUUGAUUAAUAAACAGCAGUUUUAAAUAAUUAUUGAGGCUUUAACAUUUGCUGGUUCUCGAUUCUCACACAGGAGGAUUCGGUGCUUUUCUUUGUCAAGUCUGAUGUAGAAUUAAAAAUUUGGCAGUUUUAGACUAAA